UUUGAAUUUUUCCAAAGGCAUUUCAAGGUGUUUUCUUUGAUUUUUGUUAAGUGUUAUGAUAUAUUUGUGUUAGAAAAUAUGCAUCCUGCAUCUGUUUCCCUACUAGUGAUUGCGGUUCUCAUCGGCACUGGCUUCACGGGACCGUCACUCGCCGAAAAAUCCUCAUUAUCCCGAGGGAUCACCAAUGAAAAAUCCAAUAAUAAUAAUAAUAAUAAUUACAGUAUUGCUUUGACAAAGAAUCGCGGACGCCAACCCCGGCAAAACGUGCCAAAACCCGGGUCACUGUCCAGGCCAACAAUCCAAGUACCACCCAAACAACAGGAACAACGACUGCGGAUUAGAAACGAGGAAGUGGAUCGGGUUUUCAGCAGGAAAACCCAGGAUUUCGAUGUUGACGAAUUGCCGAAAACGACAACGGAAAAGAUUUCAGUGAUUUCUAGGGCCAUUGAAGAGAAUGUCGUGGAACCCUUGGGUUUGUCUUCCGGGGCCUUCUCUUUAUUCGGAAAUGCUCAGACUACGUUCAGCUGCGACGGGAAACCAUAUGGAUAUUAUGCAGAUGUGGACAAUGGCUGCAGGAUUUUCCACAUUUGUCAGUCUAGUUUGACGGAGUCUGACGCACCGGUCACUAGAUGGAGCUUCUUUUGUGGUGGAGGAACAGUGUUCAAUCAAGCCACCUUGGUUUGCGACUUUCCCGAAAAUUCUCCGCCGUGCGAAACCAGCCCUGAGUACCACAAAGACAAUGAUGCCUUUUUCAAACUUUCGCCUUCGUGAAUCGUGAGUGAGUGAGUGGAGGGAGGUUUCAAAGGUCAUCGGAACUUGAACUGGAUCAAAAUUGUCCUCAUUCUACGACUGCUC